AUGGCAGAAGUAGAUGCUAGUAGAGAAUAUGACAAUAUAGUAGGGGAAUCAGUGAUUAAUGAAGUUCGUGAAGAUUUUGAAAAUGCAGGGAUCGAUGAACAGACUUUGCAAGAUUUGAAAAGAGUUUGGCAACAAAAAUUGACAGAAACAAGCGUAACCCAUUUCAGUUGGAAUGUCAAUAACUAUGAAAAUGAACAACAACAACAACAACAACAAGCCAUUGAUGGUGGAGAGGAUAGUACAAAUCAAAAUUCCAACACUAAUGACACUGUGCCAGCUGAAUUUUCAUUAAAAGAAGAAGAACCAAAUGGUCUAGUACUACCGGGUGGCAUAGAUAGUAAUAAUAACAAGAAUACCGAAGAUUCACAGAACGUACAACGAACAGCAGAAGAGAAUGCGAAGGAGUCACAGGAAAAGAUACCCACAGCAGUGACAGAAGGAAACAAGGAAGACGAGAUCAAAGUUAAGGAUGAACACGACAGUGAAGUAAAUAAGUUGGAAGAAAGUGAUAAAGAAAAACAAGAACAGCAACAGGAACAGGAACAACAACAAGAGCAACCAAGACUUCUAGAGAAAGGGAAACCAUUUGAAUUAGUGAUAGAGGGUCAAAAUGGCGAAAAAGCUGCAGAAUUGUUGAGACAACAAGAGAAACAAAAUAAGAGAAGUGCUUUACUAGAUAAUGAUGAAGUAGGUUCGGAACUGGAUGAUUCAGACGACGAUUACUUAAUCUCCGAAGGUGAAGAUGAUGGUCCUGAUGAAAACUUGUUAUUAUGUCUAUACGAAAAAGUUACUAGAACUAAGGCUAGGUGGAAAUGUUCAUUGAAGGAUGGUGUUGCAACUAUUAAUCGGAAAGAUUAUACAUUCCAAAAGGCUAACGUAGAAGCUGAGUGGGUAUAA